CAAUGUUGGCAACAGAAAGUUGCUCAGUUUUUGGUUGGCGAUUAUAAUGCAUAUUUUCUGAGAAAAAAGUUGACGAAAAAGUGAUAAUUGUGGGUUGAAAAGGUGCAUUAUAUAUGUUAGAAAAUCUCGCGCGAAUAGGCUCAUUUCUCGGACGAUUGGCUCACAAGGGACACGUGCGAAUAUCACAGAGUUUCGUUGCAAAACAAAGCGACCGACAUUGCCACAAAAUGAAUUUACCAAAGCCAAAUGUUGUGUUUGUUUUGGGUGCUCCCGGAUCCGGAAAGGGCACGCAGUGUGAGAAGAUUAUGAAGAAGUUUGACUACGUGCACUUAUCUGCUGGGGAUUUGUUACGAGAGGAGCGCAAUAGAGAAGGCUCAGAGUACGGAGAGUUGAUUGAGAAUUACAUUCGCAAUGGGAAAAUCGUUCCCGUGGACGUGACUUGUGCCCUCCUCGAGAAUGCCAUGAAUCAAAAUAUGAAAGUGAGCGGGAAGGACUGCUUUCUGGUCGACGGAUUCCCCCGGAAUAAGGACAACGUCGAUGGCUGGCAGCGCCGGAUGUCUGACAAGGUCAACCUGAAGUUCGUCCUCGUGUUCAACUGUCCGGAAGACGCCUGCGUGGAGAGAUGUAUAAAUCGUGGCAAGAGCGGAAGCAAUCGCUCAGACGAUAAUAUAGAUAGUCUGAAGAAAAGAUUCGACACCUUUGUCAACGAUUCUAUGCCCAUCAUCAAUUACUACAAGGCGCAGAAUUUAGUGCACGAACUGGACGCCACCAAAUCACCAGACGAGGUGUUUGAAGAUGUUAAAGCUUUCUUCGCUGACAACUAAACCGCGUAAGUUUAGUUUGCGCAUCCUAGGUUUUUGUUGAUAUUAUUUCUAUAUACUUACUAUAUACAAAAGACUAGAAUUAUUUUUCUAAUGGCUUUGGGGGCUUUUGGGCAGGAUACAGCAAGCUGCAUAGCUAAAAAAAAACUCUUGAGAAGAGAUGUUUUCCAAAGUGAUUCUCAAGUAUAUCAUUGAAAAAAAUAGCUAAAAGUGAGCAGGUAUUUUAUAAGUGCUUUUGUGUUUCUUUUGUAAAGUAUAAAAUUACCUGAAGAUCGAAAAUGGUAUCGAAAGUCUCAAAUAUUGUUCGAAAAUCUAACACCAUAUUUUGUGAAAAUUUUAAAAUUCUAC